UUCUCUUUGGCAGAUUUUCUUUAACUAACGAUUCAGAAGAUAAAAGAAAGAAGAUUUUGUUUUUUGCUUAUUCAAUUUCUGCUUUAAAUUAAUACUUCUAAUACCUGUUAAUUGCGCUUAUAUUGCUUACUUUUGCUGUAUUUCUUUCUUUCUCUUUCACAGACACUUUUUUUUUUACAUUCAACGUUUGGUCCAGAUGGACUAUAUGUAAUCUGAACCUUUCCCCCCUAACUCAAACCCUAACCCUAAACCUAACCCUAACACUAGUUUUGUGAGAUUUGGCUGUUAUUUCUAGCAUGUAAAUAGCCUGCUUGGUGGUGGGGGGGAAUUGAAAUUUAUUCAAAAAUUUUUUUUUCAGAAUCGGAAUCUCCAUAGCCUAAAACGUGGGAUUCCGUAAAAAAAAAUUAAUAAAUAAGGGGGGGAAAGGUUCAGAUUACAUAUAGUCCAUCUCUACCCAACGUUUUUUCGUAAUGUAUAAUAAAGGAUGCAUUUUGAGUUAAUUUCCGUUGACCUGUUUUACUUUAAAUAUUAAAAUAACGAUUAUUUUUUUCUCUGCGUGUGUUCGCUUUUGAUUGGCCAUGUACACAUACGUUUUUAUUCUGAGUGGGCGAAUGGCCUUUUGAAUUUGCUACCCUUGAAAUAUUUAUUAUUUAUAUAUAGGUAUUCCUACAUAUGUGCCCGCUCCUGACUUAGUUGCCACACAACUUCCAGAAAAAAUGGAUAUUUUAAAAUGUCAUUUUCUACAAAUGCGCAUCAGAUGGAUGGUGUAGAUUCCAAUUAUAUCAAAUUAUGUGGGGGAGGGGGAGGAUUCUGGAGGUGGAGCGAGGAGUGUAUGAAAAUUUACACGUAACGGCUUUCUUUACCCAUAACUUUCAGAAAAAUGGGUAAUUUUUUUUCACAAAAUUUUCUAUAGAUAUCUUUCAGAGUGUGUAGAUUACGAUUAUAUUGGAAUUUGAUAUGAUAAAACAAAAAAAGAAAUUUAAUGAUGGGCUCGUGCACAUACAUACUAAAUGUAGGGCACUGUUAAGGGGAUGAUAAUUGACGACCUGCAGACACGGACUUCACUGCGGUUUGCUAGUGAGCUGGUCCACAGAAAGAAGGGACUUCAGAUUAGGCGGGGAGAGAAAUCUCAGGUACUUAAGAUGGUCGAUUGUACUCGCUCUCAUAAUGUGUAGCUAAUUGAAGUGAAAUAAACAAUAUCUCGACGCAAUCUUGUUCCGGAUUGUUUUUAUGUAUAGCUUGCUCAAGCUAUAACUGUUCACCCCGAAGUACAAAACGCAAAUAUGGCGAGCGAUCACACCAUCACCGUGAAACUAUCACGAUUCUGGCUGAAGCGGGCCGAAGUAUGGUUCGCACAGAUUGAAGCACAAUUCACCAUACGGACGGUCACCUCGGACCUCACAAAGUAUUCCUAUGUAACAGCGGCACUGGAUAAGGACCCAGCAAUAAAGGUAAUAUACAUCCUAACCCUACGGUCUGCCACUCACAAAUACGCCAUUUUGAAAUACAGACUGGCUUAUUGACCAAGAAGCAAUAAUCAGGUACAGGAUGCAAAAGACUUAGUUGAUUCCAAAGCUUCCGAGCUUAUGGAUAGGAUGCUGGCAUUAAUGCACCAUGGAGUUGUAGAUAGAUUACAGUUUCAUUUCUGGAAACUGACAAUAAAUGAGACAAAGCGACAGGAAAACGAGAGAGCAGAAUGAAUCAUUCUCAGGAUGGUCUCCGCCAACGGCACAAGAAGAAAUCAAUCAUAAAAUCAGCAAUCUCUUCGACAUCACAGAAAUUUCAAAGUCUUUCUUUGAAAACUAAAUGCCUCUUUGUUCUCCUUGCUUUCACACUUCUUGUUGCGUAUAUAAUAAUGCUCUGGUAUCAGGUGACAAACAGGCUCCGUGAAUUUACCUACAUACAAGCUGAUACAUGCCCUGCAUGUUAUGGCUCUAGCAUAUGUCUUGCUCUAUUCAGGGGUGAUGCCCACUUCACUGGCAUGCUUUCAAAGAUUCGGUCUUUUGAUUAUUUAAAUUCUAAGAAUUUCCAUUACGGCAAAUUAAACGGCAAAGAGGUUGUUUUAAAAAAACUAGUAGCAGACGAUGUGUUGAAAGACUUAGACGACAAAAUCUGCCGUAGUGCUCGAAGGACUCCUGGUUGUGACGUUGCGAGGGUGGUUGUUAAAGCUGAUUUUGUCUCUCAAGUUCGGCAACAUGAAUUGGAAGUGGAUCAUCUGAAAGGUGUUAACGAUAUGUUUUACUGUCCAUCUCGGCGCCUUCUUGAUCGACUACUGAAAUAUUACCUGGAGAAGUACUCGUACGAGGCACCAUAUUUCUACGCAGUUGAUAAAAUACAGAUUUUGAUAACAGCUAUGAUUAGUUCGGAGCCAUUAAUGCUACAGACAUUUCCAGCAUCUCAAGGGUGGCCAUUUCCUUCAUAUAUUGGAGCUUGUGGACGUUUUGUUCUUUUGGAAAACUGUGGCGAAAGUUUGCAGAAUUUUCAUCAGGCAUCUCUAAAGAAACGAUAUGACCUGGCCUACCAAGUGAUGAAAAUUGCUAAUUUCCUCGCAGAAAAUCCAUCUAAUUUUUCUUUAUAUUGGACAAGUUUGAAGCCCAGUGAUUUUGUAGUCGAUCAAAACGGACACGUGAAAUUUGUGGACCUGAAAAAUAUCAUAGUUGUAGAUAAAGAAGAGUACAAAGAAGUUGCAAACACAGGGAAACCAAAGACAUUCGAAGCGAUAUUCACCGAAUGCGAGAAUUUCUGCCCACCCACCCCUACCAACGAGCUGUGCAACCAUCUCAGCUCAGACUGGAACAUCUACUUAGCGUGUCGCCACGUACUGUCAGAGCAUGCUACAGAUCCUGCCAUGAAGGGUGGCCUCCUUCACGACAUGUCGCACGCGGCCUUAGAUGACUGGGAUAUGAGAUUCCUCAUCAAAGAAUGCACGUCACCAACAACGAAAGGAGGAAGAAUAAAAUCUAUCCAUAGACUACUUCAUACAUUGGAUUCUCUGCGGAACGGAAAGGAACAGCACCCAGUGAACAUUUAAAUAGUUUUGUAAUUUUGAUUUUUCUUUUUUUUUUUUUUUUUUUUUUUUUUUUGAAUGCAAAUUGUAGAAAAUUUUUUAUUUUUGUGACACUUUUGAUAGACAAUUUCUUUUGUCCAUAUUUGUAUUAAUAUAUAUAUAUAUUCUUGCAGAAUUAUAAUAGAAAUAUUUAUUAAUAUACAUAUGCACAAUUGCAAAAUUAUAAUAUAGAUAUUUACUAAUAUAUAUAUAUGCAUAUGUAUCUCUCUCUCUCUCUAUAUAUAUAUAUGUAUAAUAAUGAUAAUUUUAGGGAUAAAAAUCCAAAUUUACAGGUAAAAACUCAAUUAAAUUCAAUUUAUUAAAAAUUAAAAUUAAAUUAAGUCUCACAGUAUAAAAUAUACAUAUAUA